AUGUCAAAGGCACAAUCAACACAGCCAGGCCAUCAACCUAGCAGGUCUGCUGGUGCUGACUUGACGCUUAAUCUCUCUUCCAACAACCCCUUUCGCAACCGCGCUGCCUCCCCACUCCUCUCCGGCGCUACCUACAGCAAUACCACCUCGCCUGCUUCGCCUUUUGACGACCCUCCUCCUCGACCUGUCUCUCGCAACCCGUUCCUUGAUCCAUCAUUUUCGUCUAGUCAACCAAAUCUGAUCGGAGUAGGCAAUAUGGCACCACCGUUCGACACCAAGGCAUCGCCUACCGCCGAGGAGCUGUUUGACGGCCUGACAAUCAACGAUCAGAAGCAAUCGCGCCCCGAUGGAGGACGACCCUCGACAAACCGCCCGCCUGGCCAGCCUGGACGCGAAAAUAUACCUCCUGGCCGUCGCGGUCCCCCGCCCCCCGGGCACCGCCCGUCGAGAUCCCAGGAGGAGGCGAUGAGACAGCGACGCAUGCAAGGUGGCAGCAAUGGCGGACCCCCCCGACCGGCCGGAGCGCCGGCAUCGCCCCAACGCCGACCCCAGGAACGCCGUCCGCGUAGGAACUCGGAUUCGUCGGUCCUCAUUGACAUUGAGAAGCCUCUCACUGAGGAAGAGAAGAAGGCCAAGGAUGCCAGACGUCGUGAAAGAGAGCGCCGCGCCCGGGAAGGAAAGGAUAAGGACCCCAAGGAUAAGGACCCCAAGAAGCCCAGCCGCAGGCUCGACAUCAUUGAUCAAUUGGAUGCCACCAGCAUCUACGGUACAGGAUUGUUCCACCACGAUGGCCCCUUUGACGCCGCGAACCCGCAUCGUAAUCGCAAGGGCAGCCGCCGCGCACCUAUGCAUGCCUUUGCUAAGGACUCAUUGAACAUGUCAUUGGGCGGCUCUGGUCCCCUCAACAAGCGGCCCGAUCACGCCACAUUCCUGGGCAACAACGAUGGCGACGCAUCCGCGGACUUCGCCACCGCUGCUGCAAGGAACGCGGAGCGAAAAGCCGACCCGGCCGUGUUCGACCCCAGAGCUCGCGGCUCCAUCAUCUACGGCGAAGAGUCGAUGGGCCUUGGCGCCUCGACAUUCCUCGAGGGCACCCCUGCAGCUCGUGCGGCGAUUCAACGCACUCAGGCCGAGCAAGCCCAACAGGCCGCCUCAGAGGGUCUCGGAAGGAGCAAGUCAAUUGCUCAACGUAUCCGCGGCAUCAAAAGAGAACCACGCGAGUAUGGUCCCUCGGGCCGCAUCACCAACCCCGAGGGUGCCUACACAUCGCGUAGAUCUCCCGACGGUAACGGUCCUUCCUCCAGCAUCUCAUACACGGGCGAGCGAAACCCCUUCUUCUCAGAGUAUGGGAAGGAGCCAGAGACCAUUUCAGUCAGACGCAACGGCGCCAGGUCGCCCGGCUCGCCGCCGCCCGUUCCUCGACGGGGCUCCGCUAAUGGCUUGGAGCGCCGUGCUACGGCGGAUGCCACUUCGCCGACCGAUGACGGACCUAGCAAGCCUUCUGGAGGCUUCCUUGCCAGAGUCAAGAGUCUGAAGGGUGGCCGAAGACGCCAGGUCUCGGAUGCUAUGGCACCACCCCCAGCGCCUGGAACUGCCGCCUAG